CAUGUCGACAUUUUCGACACACCCACCCACCUACCUCUCCCACAAAUAAAUCAUGGCGAAAUUACGAGUUCCCACACCUAAAUACAUUUCCCAUUUCCUUUACGGCUCUCACGGUCUACUGAUCAUCCUCGCGAUCGGUUUCAGCCUCUGCGCCUUCUUCACGUCCCACGCUGAAAGGGACUCGUUGCAAGAAUUCAAAUUGCACAUAACCGAUCACUUUGUUACGUCAUACUAUGUGACUACAUUUUUCCUCCUAUUCGCCACCGGGAUGGGCAUUGUCGCACAAAUCAGGGGGAACAAGGCGUUCUUUUGGAUCAUCUACUGCGCCAUUUUGGGUAUAAUGUCCCUCGUCGAGUUGGCCGUUGGGGGCAGCGCGUUGAGCAAGUCGUCCAACAAUAUGAACGGAAUCAGGACCCAGUUGCAGCAAAAUGUGAUGGAGACGUAUUGGCGAGACCCUGAUUUCCACAAACCGAACCACACUGAUAGGCGAUCCGACGAGCAGAAGGCUUGGGAUGAGACGCAAAUUAAAUACGAGUGCUGCGGUCUCAACAAUUAUACAGACUGGCAAACGGUCCAGUUUGGUCGGACGAGCCUCUCCGUGCCGACGAGUUGUUGUAUCGAGGCGACCAGAGAGGACGAAUGGUGCGGAAUCAACUUGCUUCCAGUGCAUCCAAACGCUAGCGAGAUUAUCAACGAGGAGGGCUGUUUCCUCAAAAUUAUUACCAAUGUGAAAUUUCAAUUGCAUGUCAUGGGCUAUUUUGGCUUGAUCGUGUCAAUAUUUCAAUUCGGGAUAGUCGGGAUUGUGAGCUAUUUGUUGAUUUCGAAGAAAAUUUGAGAAAUAAUUAAAACUGGUAAAAUUUU